AGGGAGCUCCCGCCCGCCGCCGCUGCUCAGGCGCGUCCGCAGGAAGCCUCCCCACAAACGCUGAUAAAUGACCUGGAACGGCUGCUGGCUUUUCCUUUAUUCUUUGCCGGCCAAUAAACCGCGCUACGUCGCUUCACAAGCGUUUGCUGUGAGCGCGUGGCUCCCUCAGCAGUUCUGAGCGUGAGGUGAAAUCGACAUAAAGCUUUUAUUGUCAGGGAGGAAUGAGGUUUUCGAGAUGAGCCCCGGCGAUCACAGCACCCCGCUCUUUAUUCCCGCACCACCGCGGAGCCCAUGCCGGGACAGCCACGUCUCCCGUCGUGUGCUUGGAGCCCGCGGCCGUCCCGGGUCCUGAGGCGCGCUCCGCCUCCGCCGCCAUCACCGCGCUGCUCCCGGCCGCCAUCUUCGUCCCGCCCCGCCGAGGCCCGCGGGCGCCAUCUUGUGUCCGGGGCCGGCCCCGCCAUCGCCCGGCAACGGCGGCGGCUCCGGCGGAGUCCCGGAGGCCGGGAUAGCAACCGCGAUAGCAAAGGCGGGCCGGGCCCCAAGAGUGCUAACUUGUCCAGAGAACAUCUCAUGGAUUUUGUGAGUACGAAAGGGGCAAGUGAAUUCUAAUAUAGAAGCCAGGAUGGAGGUCUUAAUGCCUGAACCUCAGAUUUAUGUGGAAAGAACUCUGGCUAUCAUCAAACCAGAUGUCAUUGCUAAAGAAGAAGAAAUAGAGGAUGUCAUUCUCCGAUCAGGAUUCCGCAUCCUCCAGAAACGGAAGCUCCAGUUAAGCCCAGAGCAAUGUAGCAACUUCUAUGCAGAACAAUUUGGAAAAAUGUUUUUUCCUAAUUUAACAGCCUAUAUGAGUUCUGGUCCUAUAGUUGCUAUGGUUCUUGCUAGAAAUUGUGCAGUCUCAUACUGGAAGGAAAUGCUUGGACCAUCCAACAGCCUAAGAGCCAGGAUAACUCACCCUCACAGCUUAAGAGCACUCUAUGGCACUGACGAGCUGAGGAAUGGGCUCCACGGCAGUGUCAGCACCUCCUCAGCAGAGAAGGAAAUUCGGUUCAUAUUUCCAGAAGCAAUCCUGGAGCCACUCCCCACUGGCCAGAGGGCUCGGGAUUACCUGAACCUGUACGUGAAGCCCACACUGCUGGCAGGGCUCACUGCCCUGUGCAAGGAGAAGCCAGCAGAGCCCAUGGUACGUGCAGUGCCAGCUCUGGGCUGCACUCACCAGCUCAUAGCAGAGCUGCUCUGCUGAUUUGGCUUGCUGACUGGCUGAUUGAACACAACCCUAACAAACCCAAGCUACAAUAUCACGUCUCUCAGCAAGAGCAUCAGCAGUGAGAGCUUGGGGAAACCAUCUCACCCAUUCCAAGUUACAGAUGUGUGUUGUCAUUUUUGGUGUGUCCUUUGACUCUAUAACCAACUCUGUCUAAAGUAAAUGCAUUUGACAUAACUGCUUGUGUCCUCAUGGGAUAAAUAACCCUACACUUAGCCAGGAUGUAGUGGUUCUAAUACCUUCUCUACUGACAGAGGGAAUGUAGAAUUACACAAUAAAUUUAUGGCAUUGGGUGAUUAGAAAAAGACAAUGUUCUCAGUGGUUGUGACUUACUGCUGUUGUCCACAUUUUUCUUAGUUUGGCUGUGUGGGAGAACAAAAUCAUUUAGAGCAGUGUGGAUUCCCAAAUGAAAUGCACCUGGCCUGUGCUUUGUGAAGCCAAGGGUUGUGUUCCAGGAAUUUUUUAGCAUAAAUUCAGUUAUGAAGGGAGGAACUUGGAUGUAAUGUAGAAAACAAUUACUGGAGGCAUGUUAGCAACUUUGGAAUUUUAAUUGCUGAUUACAUCACCCAGCUAAGGUUGUCCUUGAAGAUGAUUCACUGAAGUCUGAUGUAUUUUGUCAGAAUGUAAUCUGAAGGAUUUAUUUGAAGGUACAUUCAAUGCACCUUUCCCAUCUCAGUGGCAAAGGGCUCAGGGACUAUAAAUAACAAGAAGAUGUAUUUUAGUCAAGGACUGAGGUUGUCUUCCAACAUUUGUUUGCAAUAAAGGUGCUUAAUUGGAACAGCUCACCUUAAGAGUGUUUUCUGUGUUCUCCUGCUCCUAAAUGUACACAAAUUUCUGUUGUUUUCCUCAAACUUUCAUGUGUUCUGUUGAAGAAUUUCAUAAGAGUGCUCUUCCACAGGCAAUGGGUUAAUCCUGUGCUAUUUUCUUUAUGAAGUAACCAAACUGUUUUUUGGGGAUGUGGGGCUUUUUCAUUUUCUUCAAAGAGCUGUACUUAUGCUGUUAAUAACUUCAAGCUUUGUAUCUUAUGGUUUGACUGGCUAUAAUGAAGAAAACUGUAAUUUUCAUAACUCUGAAAUAAGAGUAUGCUUGACUAAUACUAAACAAACAAGCAAUUUCAUAAUUUGUUUCAUGAAAAAACUUGCUUCCCCAAUUUGAGUAAUUAUGAGAAACAUAAGUCAUUUUUCUGUAACAUCAAACUUUGUUGAAGUGAAUUGUUUAUCCUCUCAGUGGAACAAGCUACUGUUGCCAGCCCAGAUAACAAACAUUUAUAAACUGGUCCCUACAGUUCCAAAACCUAAAAAUCUUGAGACUGCCAAGAUAAGGAAAAAAAAAGAAAGCUCAAACCCUCAAAUAAUGAAGAAUAAAAGUAUGAAGUGGUUAGAAAUACAGUAAAUAGAUCUGUUUUCAACCAGUUUAUUUUGCCUAUAAUUAUUGUCCCCAUAUGUGUCUGAUUGCUCCAAUUACAGGACAGUUGUGCUUUGUGGUUUCCUGUCAGCCAAAUAAAAAAAUACAUUUUCUAAAGAUGUCAGAAACGAAAAUCCAGUAAAUUCACAAGGCAUUCCCCUGUAUUUGGUUAGUUACUACGACAUUUGCCUGCUUAUUUUGAUGUGCUACUGUUUGACAAUAAAUGCAUCCUUAAUGUUC